UUUUGGUACAAAGUAGACUCAACUCAACCAACUAGCCAAUACAACAAUACCAUGUAUAAAAUUGACAUGGGUUACCUAUUUUUCUUUUGUAUUUCUAUCAAACACAAUUAACUUUUAUUUUUUUAAUUUUUUUAAUUUUGACCCUUUUUGGUUUUCUAUAUAAACAACCCAAUCAUUUGCCCUUUUAAAAAUCACAAGUCCUUAUAUACAAUAAAAAAAUAUAUACAUAUAAAUCUAUUCAUUAUUAUGGCAAAAAUAUAUGUAUCUAUAUUCUAUAUUUUGAGUAUUAUUAGUUUAAUGAUUUUGUUAGUAUCAUCAGAGCUUGAACAGUUCAAUCACUCACCCAAAGAAGAUGGCUCACUGAGUUUUCUGGUGAUUGGAGAUUGGGGAAGAAGAGGAGAUUUUAACCAAUCCCAAGUCUCAUUUCAGAUGGGAAAAAUUGGAGAAAAAUUGGAUAUUGAUUUUGUGGUUUCAACUGGUGAUAAUUUUUAUGAUAAUGGAUUGAAGAGUGAAGAUGACAUUGCAUUUGAAGAAUCUUUCACUAAAAUUUAUACUCAUAACAGUCUUCAAACAAAAUGGUAUAGUGUAUUGGGCAACCAUGAUUACAGAGGCGAUGCAGAGGCCCAAUUGAGCCCAUUACUACGCAAAAUUGACAAUAGGUGGAUUUGCUUGAGAUCUUUUUUCGUAAAUGCUGAAUUGGCAGAUAUUAUAUUUUUGGACACAACUCCAUUUGUUGAUAUGUAUUUCUCAAACCCAGAAGAUCAUACUUAUGAUUGGCGUGCCAUUUCUUCACGAAAGGAUUACAUUUCUUCCUUAUUAAUGGAUGUUGAGAAGAUUUUAAAGGAAUCACGUGCCACGUGGAAGAUAGUGGUUGGUCAUCAUGCAAUUAGAAGUGUUGGACAUCAUGGGGAUACAAAAGAACUCAUAGAGCAACUUCUUCCUAUUCUUGAGGCCAACGAAGUUGAUUUUUACAUGAAUGGACACGAUCAUUGCCUCGAACAUGUUAGUGACACAAGCAGUCCCAUACAAUUUUUGACAAGUGGAGCUGGAUCAAAGGCUUGGAGAGGAGACAUAAAUGGGUUAAACAAAGAAGGGUUGAAGUUCUUCUAUGAUGGACAAGGUUUUAUGUCUAUGCAAUUAACACCAAAAGAGGCUCACAUUGCUUUCUAUGAUGUAUUUGGAAAUGUUUUGCACAAAUGGCAAAACUCCAAGCUCUUUCAUUCCUCCAUAUAAAUUAAAAUUCAUUUAUUUAUUAUUUUGGAAAAUCUUAUUUUAUUUUUCUUUCUAAACUUUAGAAAGAAAAAAAUAGUUAUAGGUUUAAUAUAGACUAUAGGUUAGGUUAGAAGAUUAUUUACUGCAUUUUUGUUCAUCAAUAUUGAAUAAUUAUUGAUUUUGGGAAAUUACAAAAACAAUAUUGUAUUCAAUAAAAAUAUUAGCUUAUUUUGUUA